GUAUACACUGUUCGUGACAUAGGACACUGGGGGACGUGUAUUUUGAGAUGAACAAAUGUUUGGGAACUAAUAUACACACUUAUUAAAGAGAGAUGGCAGCCACAGUGUUAGGGGACCCCUAUCACAUCGGGGGAGCCCCUUUGGCAAUGCUAGCCGCCCAGUGCAAUAAAUUAGACAGAUGUCCUUCGCCUCUCGGCAAUUCCUCACUCAAUAAAGGCUUCCAUCCCUGGAAGAGGCCGGUUACAGCAGUGACGGCUCCAGACCCCAUGACAUUCUCAUCACAAAGAAUCCCCGGAUUGAACACAAACAUGUCCACAUCCGGUUUGAAUUAUAACCGCGUACCAAUAACUUCCGUCAGUUCAGGGAACGGAAGUAGUGAUUGGCUACAUCAAUCUCCUGCAUCUCAGCACUCAAAUGAUACCCCUUCACCUACAUAUCCUCCAAAAAUGUACCCUGAAAGUUGUAUGAGUGGUUCAGUGCUUGGAAACGUCUAUUCUCGACUUCCAACAACCAUGAGUAGUCACCCUUACGAGUCAUGGUCCUUAAACUUAGCACAUCAUUCAGCGGUCAAGGACGUAAAUGCGCCUACAAAUACGUCUGGUUCGUGGUGGGAUAUGCAUUCAAAUCACAAUUCUUGGUACUCAGAAAUCCCUGGAUCGGCUCCUGGGAUACACUCAUCCUUACCCUCAAAUUACCCAAAUUCUGACUAUAGUUUGACUCACUCAUUAGGAUCCACAAGUAAUCCGUACCUUGCAAGUAAUCAGCAUUUGUUAUCGGAGACAUACAAAAGUAUGUUUCCAUCACAAACUGAUAUUGGUGCUAAUUCAAUGAAUCAAUUUUUACCCAGGCCUGUUCUUUCAAAUGUGACUACUUCCUCAAAAUCUCAAAGACGCUUGGCAGGCAGAGCGACAUGUGACUGUCCAAACUGUCAAGAGGCCGAAAGACUCGGACCAGCUGCUGCCCAUUUACGUAAAAAGGCAAUGCACAGUUGCCAUAUUCCCGGAUGUGGAAAAGUUUAUGGUAAAACUUCUCAUUUGAAAGCGCAUCUACGCUGGCAUACGGGAGAAAGGCCGUUUGUUUGUAACUGGUUAUUCUGUGGAAAACGUUUCACAAGAUCAGACGAGCUUCAACGUCAUUUAAGAACUCACACCGGGGAAAAACGCUUUGCAUGUCCAGUGUGCAACAAACGCUUCAUGCGAAGUGACCAUCUUAGUAAACACACGAAAACGCAUAAUUGUGGCGACGGCAAAAAACCCGAGAGCAACUCCGAUUCUGACAAUAGUAACGACAAACCAGCAAACACCCCAAGAAAUGGCAAAAAGUGAUCCAGUAUGUGGAACUAAAAAAACUGAAAGAUUCUGGAAAAACUCAAUGUCUGCUUCUCGUAGACUGCAUUUGUGUUUUUUUUUUUUUGAAAACAGAAGAGUCAUUCACAUUGAAUGAUGGUGGUCUUCCAGUUAUAAUAUUUCAUACCUCUGUUUCCAACAUUAAGUGAGAGCAUUUCAAUUCUAGUAACGACAAUCAUGAUAUUACUUAGAAGUGUGUUCGAAAUGUUCACAUGAUGAGUAGAUUUUAUAUAUCUUUCUUUGUUUUUUUUAUGCGUGAGUUAUUUACAUUUUAAUUAAUUAUUAUAAGAAUUCAUUUAGUGUACAUUUGGGAAUGUUGAUAUAUGCAAUAA